CCAGGGGUGAGGUAGACUAAAACCUUCCGCCAUCAUUUCGUUCAGUCCUGACGUUUUUGCUGGUGUACAGUUAUUGUCGAGUUGAGCGUUUAUUUAACUCGAUAACUUUUUUAAGGAUUACACAUACAAGUUUUCCUCUUUAAUAAAAUAGAUGACGAAACAAAGCGCGCACGGGAGCAGUAUCCGAGUCUGAGAAAGUUUUAUAUGAGUGGAUCGUAGUUUGGACAGCAAAAUGAUAAAGAUAGUUUUUCUUCUAAACGCUGUGACUCUGGUUCGCUGUGUUCUUCCUCGGUGUGAACCUGGCAACUAUUUUCAGGGUUGGUGUAAAGUUGCGGUUGAGCCAAAACCAAAAUGCACAGACGUUGUACUUGGAUACUGUGAUGAUAUGUCCUACUCCAAGACUUUAUUCCCUAACCUCCUCGAACACAAGACACGUGAAGAAGCCGAGCUGAGCACAGAAUACCUGCUGUUGAGCGUGAUCCAUUCUUUACUAAAUGGAGAGUGCAACCCGGACAUUCGCAUGCUCGGCUGCUCAGUGCUAGCCCCACGCUGCGACAACGGCAAGAUCAUAAAACCCUGUCGCAGCUCCUGUGAGUUAGUGCAGAAGAGCUGCGCGCACGCAUUUGAGGGCAUUGACAUGGCUUGGCCUUAUUUCUUAGACUGUGAUCGUUUUUUUGUCAGUGAAGAGGAGGGCUGCUAUGACCCUUUGGAAGGCCUGAGAGAGAUGCAGGAGAUGGUCAUGCCGAGUGUCUCUCCUGAAGAGCCUUCUACAGCUAUUAAGUUCGCCUAUCACUCCAACACCCAGAUGUUUAACAUUCUGAAAAAGACAGCGGCUCAAUGUCUCCAUAUCUCCAGAACAUACAGCAUUGGCAGAAGCGUUGAAGGCGAAGAUCUGCUUGUGAUCGAGUUUUCAAGCAACCCUGGAGCACAUGAAUUACUGGAACCAGAGGUCAGAUACAUUGGAAACAUGCACGGGAAUGAGGUCAUGGGCAGAGAGCUUCUCAUCUAUCUUGCCCAGUACCUGUGCUCUGAAUACUUACUUGGAAACAUUCGGAUCCAGACUCUUGUAAACACCACCCGGAUUCACAUUCUUCCAUCCAUGAACCCUGAUGGGUACGAGCUGGCCUCUGCUGACAUGCAAAGUGGAAGCGACACUGAUUAUGAUGAGGUUGCCCAACCCAGAGCGAAUUCUAUUGGCAGAGCCAAUGCGCAGAAUAUAGACCUCAAUAGGAACUUCCCAGACCUCACCUCUAUCUUUUACAACCGUCGCAGAUUCAAACGAAACCGUAGCGAUCAUAUUCCCAUCCCCACUUCUUACUGGUUUGGUAAGGUGGCUCCAGAAUCGUAUGCUGUAAUGAAAUGGAUGCGCUCGAUUCCAUUUGUCAUAUCAGCCAACCUUCACGGGGGAGAUCUGGUGGUCUCUUACCCAUAUGACCUUUCAAAACACCCACUAGAGAACAUGUUCUCCCCCACUCCAGAUGAACAGGUGUUUUCAAAGUUAGCCAGAACAUAUGCAGAUGCACGUGCCACGAUGUCAAAUGAUGACAUGAGCAGGUGUGGAGGAACGUUUGGCGAUAAAGGUGGUAUAGUGAAUGGAGCCAAAUGGUAUAGUAUUGCAGGGGGAAUGUCAGAUUUCAGCUAUCUCCACACGAACUGCUUUGAGAUAACAGUAGAGUUGGGCUGUGAUAAAUUUCCAGCAGAAGAAGACCUUUACGCAGGCUGGCAAGAAAACAAGGAGGCUCUUUUGAGCUUUAUGGAGGCGGUGCAUCAAGGGAUUAAAGGUAUUGUAAAGGGUGAAGAUGGAAAAGGGAUCAAAGGAGCCACCGUGUCUGUCAAGGGUAUAAGGCAUGACAUUAGAACAGCCGAGGAUGGAGAUUACUGGAGGUUACUGACAUCUGGCAUCUACAUUGUGACAGCCUCUGCACCAGGGUACUCCAAGGCCAUGAAGAAGGUCCAUCUUCCCGCUAACAUGCAAAGAGCUGGCCGUGUAGAUUUUGUGCUCAAGAAUGAUGAAGUGCAGCCAGAGCUUGACACAUCUGUUGAUACCUAUGAACGGUUUGACCCUUUCAACCAAUUUUCUCAAUAUAAUAUAAGAGAUAUUGCGCAGAGAGAAGAGAGAAUACAAGAAAAACCCUGGUGGUGGUCUUAUUUCACUCGCUCCACUUUCCAAGCACCCACCUGGCUACUUAGAAGGCAUUAGAGCGCCAUCUGCUGGUCAAAUGCACAAUCUUCCAUUUUUUUCAAUCAUGGGACCCCCUCAGCACUGCACAUGAAGCCAUACACUUAUUAAAAAUACUCGUUGUUGAUAAUUAGACAAAUUAAUUGGAAGCCAUCAGCUGUUAAUGAUAACAAAAUUGCCAGUGUAAAAAUCUUACAUAGUCCUAGUGCUCCAGGUUUAAAAAAAUAAUACAAGCCUAUUUCUAAACGCUGCCGUCGAUAUAUAUAACGUUUUAAAUUGAUCGUUUUUUCUGUACUCAUUUUAGUUUAAAAUGUAUGUUCUAAAAU